CACACAAUCAAAACAAACGCGCGCAUAUCCCAACACCAAAUGCAUUGGCAUUUUCCUACCCAACGUCUCACCGUGCGGAAGGGUUCGUGUUGGGCGAGAAAAGUUGGGGUAGGCUUUUCAGUUUUACAUCCACCCCGAAUACGCCCACAGCAAGCGAUCGCAUCACAUUUUCCGCGAUACGAUUCGCGCGACAGUUGCGCUUGUCGACUGUGCGUUGUGUUUCUUUUAUUCUUCAUUUUAGUUCAGUGUGCAUCAUCCUACAUCCCCCACCCCCACCAUUAUCAGCCAGUGUGCGCUUGUAUGUAAACGAGUGGGGAAAAGAAAAACUCUAGUGGGGGUGCAAUCGAAUCAAUAUUACUUGUAUCAGCAACGGAAGGAACUGGACACGGGUUUUUAUGUUUCUUUCUUCAGUGCAAUAAUCGAUCAAGCGCACAUCGCCAUUAAGAGCAUAAGGCAGUUCUAAGUUUCUUUGUUUGACGUUGUGACCUCGCGAAGCUGUACGGAUUGUUUACCGAGCAGAAAGGGUGUUGUUAUCUCGUCCUCGAAAACUACGUCUUGAGCAGAACAUUUUACCUGAGUGCACAGCUGUGAAAGUGGUUUGGCAGUAACUGUAAUCUUCCCGCAACACGCACACGGAUCGUGGAACUGCUGCACCGCCAUAUGGUUGGGAAAAUUCCUUACUGGAACCGAGCGAACAAACCAGCAGUAAAUGUCGCACCAUUUCGUGGCAAAUUAUUCAUUUCGACCGGCAGAUAAUCAAUCUCUCUAAUGGAAAGACUGUGCGCCCCUGCGUACCGUGCCUGCAACCAGUAAGAAAUCCAGCGAGCCAGCUCAUUAGCAUUGUGGGGAUAAUCAAUUGGCUUCUCCGGCUGGCGAGUGGCGCGAUAGUUUGUCACUGUGCCUUGUGGCAGUAGUACUUCAAUCGACGGUUCCACCACUUCCAGACUACUUUUCACACCGAUUCGGGCAAUACGGAAGGUCAAUUUCGUUCCGUACACGGCUCAAACAAGCACCCGUGAGCUGGGAUAAAUUCUCCAUUUCUCCCCGUUCGAUGAGUCGGUUUACUUCACCAGCAAGAACCAUCGUUGCGAAAAUCGCAUUCAAGUGCACCACCACCACCUACGGGCGUGCUAGAUAAGGAAAGCUGCCGUGUGCUAUUGCAGUGCUCAAACAAGCACUGGGCAAACCUGCAACCAACCAUGGAGGUAUCGGCAGAAGAGUGGAUGGAGCGGGCGAAGGAAAACAUGAAGAAAUUCCUCAACCGUGGUGGCGCUUGCCGUGGCGAUGAGCCACAAACCCUGGUCGGGGCCGCACUGGAGAACACGCUCGGUUACGCGCUGAACCUCACGAUGAAGGAUCCGAACGAAUGGACCGACGAUGAGCUGCAGCAGGAGUACAUGGAGCAGCUCUGCUUUUACGAUCUCGAAUCGCGCAAGACAAUCGACAAGCUGACGCAGCAAAUGUACGCCCAGGGCGUCGUGCCGGACGAACCGUGCCAUCUGACGAUACUGCCGAUCGAACUGUACGCCGAGGGCAAGCUGUACGAGGUGGCCCUGUUCCGGUACCAGUUUGGGGACCGGCAGGCUACCGAACCGAAGUACAUAGACUCGUACGGGCGCGUGUAUGGUAGCUUCCGGGACUUUCUGCGCAACAACAAGUACCCGUCGGCGGAGAUGAUGUACCCGCGCGAGGGGAAGCUUGAGGCGAGCGAGGAAAAAACGGUGCUUUGUGAGGUUGGCAAAACACCCGCCUGGAAAGCGUACUACUUUAAAGCGCUGGACAUUGCCACGGGAAUAAUUGGAAUCGCUGGCGCAACGGGAGCAAUCUUCCUGUCCGGCGGUAUUGCUACACCCUUCGUAGCGGCUAGCAUCGGGUCGGCGCUGUACGCAACCGGCCGCUCGAUCGAUGUGCUGCGCGACAAAAGUGCACACCAGGAAUCGUUAAACCCGUUCCGUGAUUCAGAAUCCCGUACCGCCUGGCUGAGUCUCACGGCGCACGUGCUCACGUUCGGCACGAUGCCGCACAUAUCGGCGCUGUCCGGUGUUGCCUCCACCAGCCACAGCAUCGCCACCGGCUUCAAGGUGUGUAACUUCAUCAACGAGACGGGCAACAUCAUUAGCGAUCUGGUGAUCUGCGACACACUGUCGGCGAUGCAUUCCAAUUACUAUAAUGCGUCCAUCGAAACGCGCCUGGCGCAUGCCGCAUCGAUCUGCUUCUGGACAAAGACUACCAUCAGCAUCCGGCAGGCGGAGCUAAUGAUGAAGAACAAUGCGAUCGUGGCGCUGAAGCUGUUCGGGUUUGAGGACCACUGCUGCGAGUACUUUAACAACGAUUCACACGCGAUCGAUAUCGGGCUGCGCAUUGCGAAGCAUUCGCUCGAAACCAACGUGCAGAUCGUGUCCGAUCCGAGCGAUCCCGGCGCGAUAACGAUCGACAGUACGCGCUUUCCCAUCAAGCAGCUGUUACGGCUUGAACCGAACGAGGUGGAACUGUUGUUUGAAGCGCUGCGGGGCGUAUCAUCUGCACCGGACGAUCGUGCAUUGUUCGACGAACUGCGUGCAUCGGUUUGUUUGACGAAAGGUGCCCCGGAAGAGGAUAGACUGUGCCUCCUGGUACGGCUUCUGGCAGCAGAAGCCGAGCGCGAAUGUUUGCCGGUGAGCGAUGUAAUGGAAAUGCUACUCCAAACGUACGCCACAAUCCGUCGAUACGAAGUGAGGGCCAGUGUGAAGGCUACCACCUUCCAGCUUUCGCCUGAGCAGGGUGGAUGUUGCGUUGGACGCGGUUUGUGGAUGCGUUUAAAACGGGCGUACAUUUUGUUCGCUUCCAAGCAAGCGGCACCGGCACUCCCGGUGGAGCUAACAACCGGUGGCGAUACCGGGGAGCCAAACGUGGCCGACGCAGAUAAGGAAUCGGAUCGCCUGAUCCGGGCUGUGAUGGAGCUGUCGGAGGCACAGUGCACCCGGCUGUCGCACAUCAUACGCCGGGAUGCAAAUUAUUUCGCUAUUUUCAAGCAAAAAUCUGUUGAAUCCAUCGAGCCGGACGGUACCGCCGGGGAGGGCGAAAAGGCCAGCCACACGGAGCAACUUCUCUACGAAACGCUCAAGGAAAAUAUACUGAAAGCCUUAGAGCGGGAAGAACGGGAGAGCUAAACCGUUUCGGAAGGAACUAGUGCAGCGCAGCGCGCACAAGCUUUUCCCGCUGUUUUCUCCUGACUGAGUCCCAAAGAUGCUUGGUAAACCGCGUGAAGAGCAAUGCACAAAACAAAACACAAAUCAAACAAUACGAGCAUCGCGAAACCUUUCUACCUGACAAACAUAAAACACACACACACACCUUUGAUGCGAACCAACGAUAAAAGGAAAAAUGCAAACUUUUUAACUAGCGACAAACUAUUUCGAAACAGUUUAUUUUUAAGUGCUCUAUUUACUACGAACUGUUUGUACGUUGGUUUUACUUUGGAAGAAAAUGGGCCCGCAAACAAAAAGCCCACUAAACACACACUCAUACAAAUAGAAAGAUGUGUAAAGUUGACCGAAACUAGCAUAUAAAGUGAUAUAGAUUGGAAGAAUUUAAAACGGCGUAGCAAAAAAAAAAAAACAGAAAAACAAACAAACAUAUGGCAAGACAACAUACUUAUACAGGUGCAUUUGCGAGUGAGUGAGUAUAGACAUCCACUACAACUACUAUUACCAUUACUGCUCUAGAGAGUAGAGAAGCGAACGCGUGCUAGGGCAACGCUUUGUAGAGUUUUGUAACGCAUGUAACACCAUGUAACACCAUGUAACGGCAGUAGCGCGUAAGAAAGAUAUAUAUGUGUAUAGAACAUUUUAAAGCAAAAGGAAACAAACAAAAAACCGCAAACACACACACACACAAAGAAUCUAUAACACGUUGUAAUGAGUAUGAGAGCAUAUAAGAGUUACUUGAAACAAACAAAAAGGGGGAAAAACAAACCGUGACAAAAAAAAAAACAAAACACCAAACAUUUGUAAUGUUGUGUCCAAAAGAUGGCAAAGGAUGGAGGGAAGAUUCGUUAAAGCUUAAUUGCACAGUGAAAUACCAUUAGUGUGCAGACCCUGCGGAACCAGCAAGGUUCAUUCCUGCAUUCGAAAUGGCGGUUGGUCCCGAGGCGACAAAGUAUCCAAGUACGUCAUACCAUCAGGUCUAGUAAGCCAGAUAUGGCAGGCAUGAGAGAGAGAGGGAGAGUACCGGCAGUAGCUGCCCACCACAUACUUCCCUGCAUAUUACAACGGUGUACCCUAGCGAUGCGGAGCCACGGUUCCGAUGCCGGCUCCGACUCCGACAGUGGAGUGGCGGCUCCCGGAGCCGAUACUCCCAUCUACUAGUGUACAUAACAGCAGAUAAAUGGUCAAUUAAAGUGCUGAUGCGGCGUACUGUUGUGCAAGUAUAAGCUGCACCUAGGAUAACGGUUUUUUGUAUGAAAAUUUUUGUAACUCCUCUUUUACGUAACACCACCUUGAGUUAAGCUCAACACGGAUUUUCCAGAACCACGCCUCGAGAUCAAGAAUGCGAUGGGGUAAAGGGUGAAAGCAUCUGCGUAGUCCUUGGUAGACAGGGAGAUUGAGCCCAGCCCGUUCUUUAAGCACAUCACCAUGGUAACCAGCAGCGCACUAUCUCCAUCAGAUUCAAUCUCUGGCAAUUAAACACUCCCGACAUAUUUCAAUGAUCUUCUUCAUCGUGUAAUCAGUUUUUAAUGUGUAAUGUGUUACGCGGUGGCCGAGAGGUUUGUUGUUUUGCUACGUGACGUGCUUUUGGUGCUUUGAUACGGUCACGCACGAACUUAAGCUUUAAAGUAUGGGGGGUGGAAAACCGAAACUGUUCGAGAGUAGAUCAAAAGCAAAGGCAAAAUAAAACCAGUAAAGGUACCUUGGUGAA